UUUUCAUAAAAAGUUCAUUUAACAUGUCCAUACGUCUGAUAGAAUAUUUUCACUUAUAAAGUUGUAUAAGUAUUAUAAAUAAAUUAAGUUAAGAAAGAUGAUAUAAAGUUUUUGUUUUAUUGGUAUUUGUGAGGAUGUAGGAAUACUUACAAACCAUUCUAUCGACGUUGUGCUCUUUGAAGUGGAAUGUCGCGUGACAAGCACAUGGUUGUUGCAGCCAUAGACUUUGGUUCAACGUAUUCUGGGUACGCUUUUCAAUUCCGGGGAUCCGAUAAGAUAUGUACAGUUUCAAAUUUUCAUGGGUCCACAGUUACAUACAAAACCCCGACCGUCAUCCUCUUUGACAAGGAUAAGAACUUCAACUCAUUCGGAUAUCAGGCAGAAAACAAGUAUGCAGAACUUGCUGAAGAGGAAAAAAACGUUGGGUGGCGAAAUUUCCGUUGCUUUAAAAUGGAACUGUAUAGAAGUAAAGAACAGAGGAAGCUGCGUGUAACAUCAAAGUUGAAGGAUGACCAGGGACAGACAAUGGACAUAAUUGAUGUGUUUGGAGGCGCCAUCAAAUUCCUAAGAGAGGAGCUUUUGAAAACUCUCAAAGCAAAUGCCCCACGCUUUGAAGAAAAUGACGUCAAAUGGUUGAUAACUGUUCCCGCAAUCUGGGAAGAUGCAGCGAAACAAAUAAUGGUACUUGCAGCUGAAAAGGCUGGGAUAGCACGUGAACACCUUCAGCUUGUCUAUGAACCAGAGGCGGCCGCUAUCUUUUGCAAGAACGAGUAUUCGACAGCAGUUGAUUCUCGACAAAAGGACAUCUUUAAACCUGGCAGCAACUUUAUUCUCGUAGAUCUUGGAGGAGGCACAGUUGACAUCACUGCACACAAGGUAAAUGAUGAUGGGACUUUGGAUGCCCUUGUUCCGCCAUCAGGAGGCCCUUGGGGAGGACACAACGUCAAUAAAAAGUUAUUUGAGCUUUUGGAAGACCUUUUUGGAGCCGAUGUAUUUCGGAAAUUUUCUGCUGAAGAAAAGGACGAACAACUUGAGCUUGAAAGAUCGUUUGAAGUAAAGAAAAGACAGGAUGGUCAGUUCAGUAUCAAACUACCGGCACGACUAAUCGAACUAGCUGGUGAAACAAAAAUGAAAGAAAUCAAACAUUCCCAGAAAGUCUCAUUCAGAAAAGACAAACUGUUUGUCGAUGCUACAGCAGUGCUGGACAUAUUCAAAGAAACGAUUGAACACACCAUUGUUCAUGUUAGCGAAAUAUUGCAAAAGACAGAUUUACAGAAUGUAUCAACUAUUGUUUUAGUUGGGGGGUUUGCAGAGUCAAAAGUACUUCAACAGGAGGUUAAAAGUCGUUUCAAUCCAAAGAAGUAUUUGCUUGUGAUUCCUCAGGCUCCUGAACUUGCUGUUUUAAAAGGUGCAGCUUUGUACGGACUUGACGAGUCUCUCAUCCGCUCACACAGAAUGCCGUAUACUGUAGGGAUCGACGCAGCUGUUGAGUUCGACGAAGGGCAACACCCUGCAAAGCUAAGGCAUUUCCAAAACGGCUCCUUCAAGUGCACCGGUAUAUUCAAAGUCUUCAUUGAAAGAGGAACACAAAUUCAACCGAACACGGCGUCCGCGGAACACAAAUUUCGUGCCCCAAAUCCAGAAGAAGCCGUUAUAGAACUCUAUAAAUCAGAUAGGGAUGAUAUACCUACUUACACAGAAGAUUGCAGACGUCUCGGGAAAGUUAAGCUCAUCUUAAUCGCUCCAACACAAGCCGACCAAACUAAAAAGGAUGUUAGUACAACAGAGAAUCCAAUGAUAAAUGUUCAAAUGUAUUUUGGUGAUACGUUGGUCACUGUAAAAGCCGAAGAGGUUGGAACGAAUAACUCAAUUGUCGCAGAAAUUAACUUUCUGUAAUGAGGUAGCUACUGAUGAUUUGCAAAUUACCAUAUGCAAAGAAUAGAGGAUUUCUAGCUUUAAAUAAACGCGCUAAAGGAUAUGUAUAGCCGUCCCGUGACCAUUACUGUAUAUAAAUGUACUUUUCAUUAUCAUGGCACACUCGUUCGGCGGAUCACACACACGCACGCACGCACGCACGCACGCACGCACGCACGCACGCACGCACGAACGCAAGCAUGCACGCACGCACACACGCACGCACACACGCACACACACACACACACACACACACGCACAAACACUCAUCGUAAUGAAUAAGAUUGUUUAAAGUCGUUUGCGCUCAGAAUGUUAUUUGGUGUAAGAGCGGUAGAAGGAGAGAUUUUAGAAAAAUGUAAUACUGAAUGACAUUAUUGAGUAGCAUUACAAAAAACAAAACUAAACCAGUAUAACAUUUGAUUGCAUACAGACCCGCAGGCCCUUCAUUUGAAUUCAUUGUAUCAAUAUUUAUGCACUUUCUAUUUUGUUGGACCCAAAAUGUAUCUGUACACAUUCGGCUACAAAUCCUUGUUAUCACCCAAUCAUCUGCAAAUUUGUCUAUUGUUUGUUACAUAACGUUAAAAAAUGUUCCUUUCUUUUGUAUCAUUACGCCCUGUGAUAUCUGCUUAUAAUGCAAAUAAACUAUAUAAGUAUUACAUAAAGCUCAUCCUGUUUCCAUAAAAUUAUGUUUGCCCUGUUUGCGUACUUGAUAUAUCACUUUGUUAGUUGUACAAUCCUUUAGAACUGUGUAACUUCACACCUUUAAGUUCAGUCAUACGUUAAACUCUAAAAACUGUUAUUACGAGUUUUCUAACAACAUUCCUCAUAGUUAUCCGAAGAUCACCAAUAUGAACAUUUGACUUUAUCACAUUCGAGUUUUACGUUUAUAAAAUAACUAUUCAAAUAUCCUGCAUUAA